GAGCAUUUUUGGCUGAUUUCAAUCCAUUUCAUAGCAUGUCUGCGUGGACUGCAAAAACAGCUUCUGCAGCCGCUGCUCGGUGCAGAUAAACCACCGGCCGCGGAUGUGCCACACCUGUCAGCGGCUCCACUGCACCUUCUUUGAACGGGCAGAGUUGAUGAGGCUGAAGGUGAAGGACCUCCGUGACUAUCUCCACCUGCACGAAACCCCCACGCAGAUGUGCCGAGAGAAGGAGGAGCUGGUGGAGCUGGUGCUGGCUCAACAAACUCCCAGGGGCAGCGGCAGUGCCGAAUCCCGAUCACAGCCGGCUGCGCCUUCUCUGCCUUCCCAUCCUCUCGCAGAAUCUGAAGCCCUCACAGAGGAAGAGGAGGAGGAUGAGGAGGGUGACGAGGAGGAGGAAGAAGAUGGAGAUGAGGAGGGUGAAGAUGAUGAUGAGGAUGAUGAGGAAGAGUCCACAGACAGUGAAGAGACGCUGGUGCACAGCAGAAGAGCCUCUCUGUCUGACCUGAGCAGGGUGGAGGACAUCGAAGGCCUCAGCGUGCGGCAGCUGAAGGAGAUUCUGGCACGGAACUUUGUGAACUACCAGGGCUGCUGUGAGAAAUGGGAACUAAUGGAGAAGGUCACCCACCUCUUUAAUGAUCAGAAAGACCUUCACAACCUGGUUUCAAAUACAAAAACAGAAGCAGCUGAUCCUGCUGAGCCCAGCGGCCAGGAGGAGAACCUGUGCAAGAUCUGCAUGGACUCUCCCAUUGACUGCGUUCUGCUGGAGUGCGGCCACAUGGUCACAUGCAGCAAGUGCGGAAAACGCAUGAACGAGUGUCCCAUCUGCCGACAGUACGUGGUUCGAGCCGUGCAUGUCUUCAGAUCGUGAAAUUCAGGUGCAAAGAGACAGACUGUCAGGUCUACAGGUUGUUACAUUUUCUCACAUUUUUUGAUAAUGUUUCAUUUUGCUGCAUUGUUUAUAAGUUUACAUGAUUAAAUGUGCACUUAUUUGUUUUUUAAUUGCAACAGUGUUAAGGUGUGGCUUCAAAGUGAUGUGUUUAAUUCAUUAGUUGACUUUUGCACUUUUUUGUUAAUUAUAAGGAUUUUUUUCUUUAUAUCAUCCUACGAUAUCUGCAUUACUCACAGUGUGUAAAUAAUAAGCAAACAAGGUUUAAAGGAAAAGGUUCAUUAGAGGUUAAGACGUCACUUAAGACUCCCUAAAGGUGUGUCUAUCAGUAUAAAUAACACAUUUAAAGGGGUGAAAUACACUUGGACAUUUCUGGGAUGUGAAAACUGGGUAAAAUGGUUGACUAAUUUUUAUUUGGAGCACUGAUUCUCAUGUUGUUUCUUUGUUUAAGACUGUACAAUAGUUCACCAUUGCAGUUAAAUCAUCACUAUAAUGUGACCACUUCAGGAGCCACUCCUCUAUUGGUUAAAGAAAAAGUUCACCCAGUUUGUUUCUACAUAGAAACAGAUUUGGAGAAAUUUAGCAUCACAUCACUUGCUCACUUAUAGAUCCUCUGCAGUGAAUGGGUGCCGUCAGAAUGAGAGUUCAAACAGCCGAUGACAAUAAUCACAAUAAUUCAAAAGUAAUACACAAGACCACAGUCUUACAAAUGAUUGAUUUGUUUCUUACAAACACACAACUUUUCUUCAGAAAAUGUUAAUUGAUCGACUGGAGUUGUGUUGUAGAUUACUGUGAUUUUUUAUCAGCUGUUUGGACUCUCAUUCUGACGGCACCCAUUCACUGCAGUGGAUCCAUUGGUGAGCAAGUGAUGUAAUGAUACAUUUCUUCAAAUCUGUUCCUAUGAAGAAGCAAACUCAACUACAAAUUGGAUGACCUGAGGAUGGGGAAAUUAUAAGCAAAUUUUCAUUUUUUAGCUGAGCUAUUCCUUUAAAUAAUUACGCACACUACCAGUAUUGGUACUUGUUUCAAGUGAGUAGGUGCUAUUUUCCAAGCUCUGUGCACUUAUAGAUCACAGACCAUUCCACUAUCUCAUACUUUGGUCUUGAUUCCAUAUUUUAGGCAGAACCAGUACUUCCAAACUGCCAAGAAACCUUUUCUGUCUUGACAUUUGCUUCAGUACAUUCAUCUUUUUAUUACACCGGUGGCUAGUUCUCCACCAUUACUAGUAAUACUGACAAGUCAGUGUUAGUCACAAGGUGCUCAUUACUGCCUACAUUUAUUGUUGUAUGAUAAAGUGUGUUAACCUAAUAAAAAGUUUUCACAGAGUGAUAAUCAUAACUGUAAAUGUUUUCAAAAAAAAAAAAAAAAAUCUUGAAAUCUCUCAUUUUUAAACUUGAAUACUCAUACUUCUGAAGGAAUGGUGUUUUAAUUAUAUAAAUAGCAAGAUUACGAAUGUAUCAUAAUUGUGGUUAUAUAGGAAUGUUUUCAUUUAAAAAAAUCUUCGUCUGAUGCAUAUCUCUGAUUCCAUGCUUUCUUGAGCUGAAUGUAGAUGACACCGAGAUCUUUCUAAACCAUUAUCACAUCUUUAAAACACAGAUGAUUUCUAAACAAGAUAUCUGGCUUAAAAGGUUCAAUCUUUUGGAUUUUCUCACUUAUUAUAGGAGAAUUUUGACAGGAUAUGCAACCUGUAUAUAUUCUAUAUUUUGAUAGCUUUGUGUUUUAUGUAUUUGCAUAUUUAACAAUCAAACAGCCACAUGAUAAAACCUAAAAGAUCUCGAUUACUCACUGUCAUUGUUUCACUGGUCAUUUCAAAUGUCAAGUCAGUCCAAACCCAGCAUGAACGUCCAUAAACACCUCACAAUAUAUUAAAAAGUUAAUGAUGAACAGGCGCGUAGCAAAAAAAUUAAGCGAUGGGUGUAAACUUCUGCUCAGUUCAUGCGGUGCUUGGAGCUUUCAUUUUGUGCAUUAACAUCUCUAGUUAAAAAACAAAUAAAUGGGCAGGAUGAGUUUUACAUGUUAAGUAUACACCUCUUGUCAAAAUCUAAGUAAUUUAUGUUAUUUAUGUAAUAGCAAAGGUGCCCAAAUAUGUGUGUGUGUGUGUGUGUAUGUGCCAAGUGGAGUUAUAUCCCUUGAAAUAUCAGUAGGUUGUGUCUGGAGAUUUAAAUAUCUACACAAAUUUAUCUAAAGCUCUAUUAAAGCAUAAAAGUGUGAAAAAGUUAAAUAUUGCAUUAUUUGGAAGCUAAAGUGUCUUUGCAAAUAUAUCUACAUUGAAUGCAGCACUAAGAAAUUGUGUGCAAUUAGAAAUAAGAUUGUUUAGUCAAGUAAAACAUUGGAUGUGUAUCUACACACAUAUUUAUUUACAAAAAGAAAAAGAAAAAUAAGAAUAUGAGGGCAAAAAAAUAUAAGAGCUCUGCAUGCAUGAGCAAAGAAAAUGAGUAUUGAAAGGUGCUUAGAAAUGCCUGAAUGAACUUUUCCAGGUUGAGAGGAGGCACUGGAUUUUGUAUUAUCUUUUGUGUAUUGUUUUGUAAAUUGUUUGGUUUUGUUUGUUUUUAGAUUCUUUGAGACUGUGACUUUCUUUUGAACUCUAUGAAAUAUAAUCAAAUCAACUGAUAACGCAAACGCUGUUCCGGAUGUAGUUAACAUUAAUCAUAUAACUAGCAUGUCAUAUUGCCAAUAUUGUCUUUUAAUAUGCAGUGAGCCUGAUGUGCUAAAUGCUGUAUUCCUGUAAAACACUACAUUGGAAGGUGAUAAGGUUUAUAAUUAUCGAUAAAUUUAUAUAUUUUUAGAUUUUGUUACUAUAUAUGGUUGUUCUUGUGCAAAUAUUUGUUUUGUUUUGUUGGUUUUUUUAGUAUUAAUAAACAAACCUACAAGAGCUGAA